AUUGUUCUAGAGCAUCACUUCUCUGCCCAUCUGAGCACCGCAAGGUUGAAUCGCCAUUGUAAAGAUGCCCGAGCAAGAGAAAAAGUCCAAGAUCUCUGCAUCUCGCAAGCUGAUGCUCAAGAGUCUUAUGGUAGCUAAAGCAAAGGAUGAGUUAGAGCAGGAGCUAGUAGAUAAAGAGGCAGAGAAGGAGAGAUAUCUGGCUGAGAAAGCUCCUCUGCUACAGACGAGUGGCAUGUCUUCCACCGAGCUUCAGGAGCUGUGUCGGGAACUACACGUUAAAAUCGACGUGGUGGACGAGGAGCGCUACGAUAUCGAGGCUAAAGUGCUUCACAACACAAGAGAAAUCAAGGACCUGAACAUCAAAGUCCUGGACCUGAGAGGCAAAUUCAAGCGACCCACCCUGAGGAGAGUCCGAGUCUCCGCUGACGCCAUCCUGCGCUCUCUGCUGGGCUCCAAACACAAGGUGUCCAUGGACCUGAGAGCAAACCUCAAGUCCGUCAAGAAGGAAGACACAGAGAAGGAAAAGACAGUGGAGGUCAGUGACUGGAGGAAGAACGUGGAGGCCAUGUCUGGAAUGGAAGGAAGGAAGAAAAUGUUUGAUGCAGCACAGUAAACGAGUGAACGCAAUCAACAUCUGCAAACAUGCGAGUGUGUAUAAGAGAAGCUAAAGUUGACAGGAAGUCAAAAUACACCAUAUUUACUUUACUACUACACAUCUUUUUUUUUACUUUUACACGUGACUUUUUUUGGGGCCAAACUACAAAGAUUAAAAAUGCAUCCCUCAUUUUGUUAAUGUGCUUCGAAAGCUUCAAAUACAUCUGAAAUAAACUAAGAAACAGUAAUGGAUACAUAUUUAUAAAAUAUCAAGUGAUUUGUCAGUGUGUUCAAUAAAUACGUCAAAUUAAAAGCCCUGUGAUGAAAUUGCCAGAAAGGGUUGAGCUUCACGUGAAAAGUGUCAUCAACAUUGUACUGUAAAUAAAUUGCGUAAUUUGCAGAUAU